AUGGCUUCAGUACCAAAGUCUUUACAGGAAAGUGCCGAUGCGACCCAAGUCUCGUAUCAACAGCUGGGAAAAUGUGGACUUCGAGUCUCGGUGCCCAUUCUCGGUGCCAUGUCUUUUGGCCACAAGGACUGGCAACCAUGGGUCGUAGAUGACCAGGAAGAAGUCAACAAGCUCCUCAAGGGUGCAUAUGACCGCGGGCUCAACACCUGGGAUACCGCCAACGUGUACUCUAAUGGUGUAUCAGAGAUCAUGAUCGCCAAGGCCAUCAAAAAGUAUGAGAUACCCAGACACAAGUUGGUCUUGCUUACCAAGUGCUUCGGAACGGUCGGAGAGGAACCUGGCGUAAUGCACAUGAAGUACGGCGACUUGAUGAAACAAUCCAAGGACUAUGUGAACCAGGGCGGCCUGUCCAGAGCUGCCAUUUUCAAUGCCGUCGACGCCAGUCUGAAGCGAUUGGACACCGACUACAUUGACCUCCUCCAGAUUCAUCGCUAUGACCCGACUGUGCCGCCCGAAGAGACGAUGAAAGCUCUGCACGACUUGGUCCAGAGCGGCAAGGUUCGGUAUAUUGGCGCAUCGUCAAUGUGGACAUAUCAAUUCGCCCGACUGCAGACCAUUGCCGAGACUCGCGGCUGGACCCCGUUUGUCAGCAUGCAAAACCAUUACUCGCUCUGCUACCGCGAGGAAGAGCGCGAAAUGAACAAGUACUGCCACGAGACGGGCGUUGGCCUCAUUCCUUGGUCGCCGCUGUACCGCGGCCUGUUGGCACGGCCGCUUGACUCGGAACCCACGGUUCGAGAAGAAUCCACAAAGGGCACGCGGUUCGAGACCAAGCGCGGCGACAAGGACACUCCGGACUCGAUCAUCAUUUCCAGGGUCGAGGAGCUCGCGGGAAAGAAGGGCUGGAAGAUGAGCCACGUUGCGCUGGCCUGGAUUAUUCAAAAGGGCACCACUCCAAUCGUGGGGUUCAGUAACCUAUCAAGGCUUGAGGAGGCUGCUGCUGUGAGGGGCAAGACCUUGACGGAUGAGGAGAUCAAGUACUUGGAGGAACCCUAUAAGCCCAAGGAAAUCGUGGGUCACUUUUGA